AUGAGUGAAGACCAAAAUAUUUCUGAUGAUUUACUUGUUUCUAAAACUUUUGAAGAUUAUUCUCUACUGAAAUAUAAACCAUAUCAAGAUGAAGAAGAGAAAAUUCAACAUACCAGAGACUACAACUGA